GUUUUUAUCAACUGAUAUUUACAAUAGCUUACAAGACAUUUAUCGACUACGAAGGUCAUUUUCGAGAAUAUUGGGCCUAGAAUAUUGAGUCGAAUAUUGCAACUUUGAAGACAACUUUUCUCAUCUUCAUAACUUAGAUAUACAGUAAAGAUUUAACAAUGACUGGUAUUAUAUGGACAUCCAUUUCGGGGUUUAUGUAUCUUGAAAUAUUUGUAUCAGUAAUUUUAUUGAUACCCUAUAUUUCUCCAUCUAGAUGGCAGAAGAUAUUUCGUUCAAACAUCAUAAAAAAGAUAGAGUCUUAUUCCAAUAUCUACUUCAAUGUAUUAAUAGCAAUACUGUCAUUAGUAUUUCUAGAGUCCAUCAGAGAAAUGAGAAAAUAUAAUGAUGCUUUAGAAGAGGUGGAUUUAAAGAACAAUAGAGAAUCAGAACUAGCAGCUAGUGUUAAACUGUUUCGUGCUCAAAGAAACUUCUACAUCUCUGGAUUUGCUCUUUUCAUGUGGUUUAUAUUGAAACGUCUUAUAACACAGACAGCAAAACAAGCUCUUUUAGAGGCUGAAUGUGAAGCCAGUCAGAAACAAGCUAAACAGGCCAGUGCUGCUGCACAGAGAUUACUUGAUCAGGCUGAUAAUACUUCUAAUAAGAAGAAAGAGGAUGGUGAUGUAACAGAAGAAAAGAGUGUAGCUCAGCAAUUAGACAAAACAAAAGAAGAUCUUGUGAAGACUAAAAUGGAUUUAAAGAAAGCAGUAAGUGAUUUAGAAGCUGUACGCAAACAAGCAGAAGGAACUAAUAGAGAAUAUGACAGGUUGAUGAAGGAACAUACUAAAUUACAGCAAACAGCAGGAGAAACCAGCAGUAAAAAAGAAUAAGACAUUCUAAGAGAAAGAUAAGAUGGGAAAAGGAUACUUAUAUUGUAACGCUCUGUGCAAAAUAAAAAUAUGUAAUUUAUUCUGUUACUUUUUGUAUAAUGAAUGGUCAACAUUGUGAAUGCAAUUUAUUAAUUUUUGUAGCUUUUAUCUGUCAACAAAAACAAUUGUUUAGUUAUCUUGUGAUCAAUUUAAAAAUUCUAAGUAAAGUAUGCUCAAUGUGCCAACUGUUAGUUUUUCUGUUACAUUAUACUGUAUCAAUGUUGUUAUCCUUCCAUGUUGAUGAAAUCAAGGGCAUGAUGUUCCAUUCCUCGUAAAUUAUCAUUUCUUUUCAAUGACAACCAUAUAAAUUUUACCUCAUAUCAACUUUCAUCCACUUUCUGUCAUAGCAAUUUUGUUUUUAGUCCAUUCAUACUUAAUUUAAUAUGAACCAAGGAAUGCAAACAUAAGCAAGUUUGGUCAAAUUCUGAAAAAUAAGGAAUUUAAGUAAGUUUUGAAAUGUUAGCAGUGUAAUUUUUGUAACAGAAAUAACGACUAAAAAGAAUGUCAAGAUUUAAAAAGAGUAUUUUACCUUACUUUCUGGAGGAGGUAAGGUAGAAAAGAUACAUUCACCAAUGAAGUUAGUUGACACUUGGCUUCUGUUGUAAAUAAGAUAAAUAAAUUGAAUAAUUUUAAGUAAUAGAGAUACGAAAUGCUUUAGGCUAAUUUAUAAUGGAAAAAGUGGUCCAAUGAAUGCCAAGACUAUCAUAAAGUACUUUACAACAUUCAGGGAAAAAGGCUGCAGAUAUGUAAGAAUUCAUGUUCAUUGACGUCUUUAGCUUGGUCCUUUGUGCCUUGUAAAUAUUUUAUUUAUGCAUUGGUGUUAACAUGUAGGUUUUAACAUUGUAGUUAUCAAAAGUAUUUCAAUGUCCCUUCAAAAUUGGUUCUUUUGCUUCAGAAUCUAAAGGAACAAGGAUGAUAUUAUUGCGCAUUUAAAAAAAAGAAUCAUGUCAUACUUUUUGUUAAAUUUAUAUGUUAAAAAAGUUUCCAACUUCAUUGCUGUGUUGUAAAAGCAUUUGAAAGGGUUCAUUUAGAUAAAAUCUUAUUUUUUAUGAAUCAAUGUUACUAUUGUCUUGUGUAUUUCAUUUAUUUUCAUUUGCUUGGUUAUUUUAAAAGAUAUGAAUGACACUAAUAUCUGGGGUUAUAUACUAUUCACGUUUUUUUUUAAUUAAUAUACCUUUAUUGUAUCUACACGAUUUAAUAGACAAAAACUUAAAUUUAUUUAUUUGUUUUACGCAAUAUUUAUGUUUCAAGUAGAAAUGUAUACUCCAAAAUAAUAGAAUAUUAAUAUAUUAACUAACUGAAAGAGUAUAAAUUGGACACAAUUGUGAAUCUGAAGUAAACCAAUUAAUCCCAAUUUUUUUUCUUUGUUUCUGUAGAACUUGUUAAAUAAGGCUGCUCUUAUGACAGUAGUAUUUGAGUGCAAUAAUGUAAACAUUCAAGAAUUAUGAUUGAUAGGAAAGUUUUUGAAUUAUUUGAGAACUGAAUGUUUAUAUUGUUAUUGCAGGUAUUUUUAGAUUUUAAUAUAUUUAAAUAUGUAAUAAGAUGUAGGUGUAUAACAAUUUGUGUGCAUUAAACCAUUUCUUCACAAC